AUGAGAAAAGGAGACGGAAGAGCACAAGACAAGAGAUCAGUUUUGAGAGAAAACAACCAAGAUGUCUUAAGAAUCUCCAAACAAUGAGACAAGGAGCCAACAACCUGCCUAUACAGUUGGUCAGCAUGGUGGAGGAAGGGGAGACAACUCAGUUUACCUGCCACUACUGUGGUGACGAAACGACAAAGUUCGUGUCCAUGGUGUGGUAUCGCCUGACUCGACAGAGGACAUCAGGAAAGUACGUUCUCAAGGAGGUCGAACUGGGCAUGCAUGACCACGAGUCACAGAACCGAGUUUACGUCGGGGCUGACCACACUCUUCACAUCAAGCAAGCUAAGAAAAGUGACAUUGGCACCUAUUUCUGCCGAGACUAUACGAGAAAGGACGAGAAGAUCCAGACGAAAAUGGCGGAGAAUAGUAUCUACAGCCUCCUCUCCGACAACGGGACGUUCAGGUUCAUGUAUCAUUUUGAUGUGCUGCUGACGUCGCAGAUGAUGGUGAGAGAAAUUUCCUGGUCUUCUAGGAAUCCUGCGAUGGUUCCAGCAGAACCAAAACCAUACCCCAAUCACAACCUCGUGAUGACCACAUCCUGGGAGGAGUGGGGCGUGUGCAACCUGUGUGGUCGUGUCGGGAAGAGGAAGAGACUGGGUGUUUGUUAUAUAAAGAAGAUCAACCAACAGAGGAAAUGCAAGCCGUGGUAUAUUGACGCCAUAAUGACGUCAUAUCCUGCCGGCGUACCAUGUCGAUCGUCGCUGUUUCGCGGCCAUCAGGAAAUCAAACCGAGGCCAGAUGAAAUCGAGGCUGAGUUCUGCGAAGUACCCUGCAUGAAAGGUUUGGUGGGGUUGAAUAACACAAAGAAAGGUGCAAUUUCUCCUGACGGAAUCAAAACAACGCUGUCCUUUGGAAAAGAGAACGCCAAGCUGAAGAGGUCAAGGACAGUGACAAUGGACGAAGGCUCCUCAGUGAACCUAACAUGUCAAGGUGCCCCUUUGGAUAUGCCCGUAGUGUGGCUGAACAACUCCCGAGUAAUUGAUGUCAACAACAGUGAUGACAGGGUUCUGUUCCAUGCCGACAAUGUUCUACAGAUCUCCGCCAUAGCUCCACACGACACCGCUACGUAUCACUGUCUAGCAGAUGGAAAGGUCAAGGCCAAGAUCAAGUUGACAGUGGUUCCCCGUUUGCACCUCGAUACAGACGCGUGGAUAUACGCCGCGGUGACCUCGCUGACGUAUCCCGCUGACCUGGUGUUGUUCCUGCUGCUCAUGGUGGUCAAGCACCGACACAGACAGACAGGCCUACGGCUGACCAGGAAACAACGACGGGAAGUGGAAUCUGCAUCCAGUCGGGGCUCCAGUCGGGGCUCCAGCCGGGUCUACGAGUCCGUCACAACAGAGGAUCCCAGUAGCAGCGAGGUACACACUACCAGCUCGUCAGAGAGUAGCACUUCUUCAACGGAGCCAUUAAAGUAUAACAGUUUUUCCUCGCGUGCUGACGGAUCAAGUAUUUCUUCCUCAACAUCAUCUUACAGCUCAUAACAGAUACGAUAUCGCUAAUGCAUGUUGUUUUCUCUAUGGAUGUCAAGGAGAAUACACCAAAACGUCGAAAACGAUAAGGUAUCGCGAGACUUAAUGAAACCAUAUCAUCUUUGGUGGAACACUGCAUUGGUUUUCUAUAUAUAUACGUCGAGACCAUAAAUAUGGGUAUAUGGUCUCUGGUAUAAGAAAGGAAAACUGACAGUAUUAUUUAGAUCAGUUCUAUCAGUAGUGAAUAAAUGAAGGAUGAAUU